AUGGGGGCAAAAAAAUCAAAGCCAACGCCACCGCUAAAGUCAAGAACAAGCCUGGAAAGACGAAUGUCACUACUAAUACCAACGCCAAUGCCACCGGUAAUAUCACUACCAACGUCAACGCCAACAUCAACGCCAACAUCAACGCCAACGUCAACGCCACCGCCAACGUCAACAUCAACGCCAACGUCAACGCCACCACCAACGCCACCACUAACGCCACUACUAACGCCACCACUAACGCCACUACUAACGCCACCACUAACGCCAAAGCACAGCGGAGACAUUGAGCCAAAGGAAUUGUCCGGGAGUAAUUCAGAUACGUCUAGUCUUCAAUCAUAUUUAUUUUAUGCCGAAACGGAACAUCGUGGGCCUCGACCGAUAUGCUACACAGCUGCAGGCGGAGGUCACGUUUACAUCCCUUUUCCAGUAAACCCUUGGGAGAUUUUAGGUCUGACAUCGAAUAAAGCUUCUCAAAGCGACGUAAAGUUUGCCUUCAGAGAAAAAAUCAAGCAACCAGAACGCCAGAAACGUGCUUUGGUCUCCCUUGCCAAUCAUAUAUUGACCUCCACAGAAGCGAGGUACAAGCGUGCACCAGAUAGCGAUUUAUUCACAAAGAUAGAAAAUGAAGCGAAAGUGAAGAGAGAUCAUUUUUCUGUUGCAGCGUGUGGUAACACCGAGGAACUUCGGGUGUUGAUAUCAAGAGACAAAUCUCUUGUAGAACGUGCAGAUGAACACGGUCGUACGUUGUUAUACCUGGCCUGCAAAUCUGGUUUUUUUGAUAUGGUUAAAAUGCUGUUGCAGAAAGGCGCUGAUAUUAACAAGGUUCAGAAAGAUGGUAGCACACCCCUCCACGCGGCGGCGUUUUUUGGUCACCCUUUGGUGGUUGGUCUGUUGCUUGAAUAUGGUGCAAGGAUAGACAUUAAGAACAGAUGGAACAGUACAGCAUUAGAAGAAAGCGACUUAAACAAUGUCAAAAUGCUGAUUCAAAAUUUUUCAUCAGAUUACAUCUUUUCUCUUAAAAUAAAGUUGACGGAGAAAAAACUCAUUUCGAAAAUGCGACCAAUCGAGUUCAAAGGGCAGGUGAUUGCAAAGGAGUUAAUCCGUAAUCUAGAAACGUUUGAUUCGAAAACGUGUUCAAGAAUAAACUCAAUUCUGAAAGAUUGGGAGAUAGGAUGGCAUGGAACUCAAUGUAAGAAUAUUGAAUCAAUCCUUGAGCACGGUCUCAUUCCCGCGGGUACACGUGAGAUUUUACCACCAAGUGGUCACAUAGGUCUGGGGCGAAGCUUUCUUGGUAUUUCAAACUGGGCAGCGGCCAUCUUUCUGUCACCAAGUAUUACCUACGCGGCACACGCAGCCUAUUCAGAAAGGGUUUCAUCAAACGGUUCGCGCUGGUGUGUCGUGUUCAAAGUAUACUGUCAGCCUGGAACCUACAAGACAUUUGAUCCAACGGUUUUGAGCUAUGAAGGGAUGGAAGGUGAACCUACCGAACCCGAAUAUCGUAUUCCUGUUGAAGAAGAAAACAAAGAAGUUAUUCUGCGAGUGGAGUCAACACGGCAUGUUGUCGUUCGUUCAGUCAUAUUCAUUCGUGCAAGCGUUUUGGAGAAUCAAGAUAUAAUAUUCAAGGAAUUAGAACCACUUUUUAGGGCAUGACAUUGACAGCUUUCAGUAUUCUUGUGAUAUAAUCGAACAUAUUUCAGAGAAGUCGAACGAAAUAUAUCCUCGUAUAACUUGUUAAAAUGGAACUUUAACCUUUUCUUAAUUUACAGUUAACUGCAAUAUAUUUCACAGUAGAUUUAACAGUAAUUAUAUAAUGAAAUAUAAUAUCAAGGGAGGUUUAGUCAAUACAAUGAUGAAUAUAAUCGAAGUAUGUAUCGUAGCGUUGUAGUUCGAUCAAUUAUGUUCAUUCGUGCAAGCGUUUUGGAGAAUCAGGAGAUAUAUUUCAACUUUUAAGAUAUAUUUCAGCAAAGAUAUUCUGAAGGAAAAAUGAUGGUUGGCAGUCGAUAUAAUACAUAAUCGCGUAUGAAUAUGUAAUAUUAUAAUAUUACAAUAUUAAUACAUCCUGAAAUGUGUAUUCUUAAUGUGUGAUAUAA